CAUGACCAUUAAUGUCAAAAUAAGAAUGUUUAAAGUGUAAAAUAAACAAUUGUAAAUAAAAUAAUAACAUGAUACUCCUGCAGUAUAAUAGAUUAUAGCAUGUCUCUCAAUUCGGCGCACGAUGUUUUUGAAAUCACACCCCUUCUAGAAAAUAUAAAUAUUAAAUUGUGUGCUAGAUGUGAAAAUGGGGUGAAACAAAUAUUAGCAUUAUUAACCAGUGAAGGAGAUAUUGUGCUAUAUUAUAUUUAUGGGGAAUUGGCACCUGUGUUGAGAAGAAUCCCUUGGUUUAAUGAUACUUUUAAACAAAUUGAAGCUAUUUGUUUUGAUCCAUCAGCGACUUGGUUAUUAGUAGUUUCACUGGAUUGUUCAUUCUACAUUAUUCCAGCUCUGGGCCUAGUUGACAAAAAGCAGAAAAUUGAUUGCAAAUGGUCUUUAAAUGACCUGACAUAUUUUCCUAGACCAGUUCAAAUUCCAGAUUCCAAACCAACUAGUGUGAUAUGGUGGCAGACACUAGAUUGGAAUCAAAAUGCACUAGUAGGGUUUGAAAAUGGAACUAUAGUGCUUAUAAGCUUAACCGAUGGAAGGUGUUUGGGUAGUUGUAAUAUUUCAGAAGCUGUGGAGGCACUAAAUAUUUGCCAUGAAAAUAACUCUGAAACUAUAUGUUUACUGAUUAAUGGUGUUAGUGGCCAACAAUGGAGGUUGAUAUUAGAACAGCGUUCAACAGGGUACUUAUGGCCUCCAGAGGCACAUACACAAACUGAAGAUUCCACACGUUCUCGUCUCUAUAGCCUUAAACAACUGGGAGUUGACAAAUUAGCUUCAUUAAAACAGCGUCUUACAGAAGCAAGAGGUGUACGUAGAGACAGUAAUAGCGAUACUGCCAGUGAAUCAUCAAAUACCGAAUCUGUUACUUCCAGUCAGUCAGUACCAGAACUACUACCCCAUUUGUGUGACACUCAUUUUGCACCUCAGUAUGCCAGGAAACGAAAUUUAUUUACAGCUUUUUAUAAACCUACAUGUUUGUUAACUGUACAUACUUUAGAUGUAGAAUCUGCUCCUCUUUAUGUUCACAAAUUACCACAAAAAACCUCUACCAUAUUGUUAACAGAUCGAUUGAUAUAUACGGUGAAUGAGGAAUUAAAAAUGGUAUCGAUAUUGAGUUCUCACCUAUCAGAAUGUCGUUUGGAAGGAGAAACUGAAUUUAACAGCGACGCAUUAAUAGCGCAAUUCUAUAUUGAAAAUGGCAAAAUACUCAAACUGUUUAAAUUAUCUGAUUUAUCUUUUUCCCGUUUAAAAAAAAGGGAUGAUAGCAGGAAAGACAAAACUUAUGAGUUGCCAAAAACUGUCGAUGAUUUGAUUAUAGAAAAACCGAAAAUUGACACUUGUAUUAUUAUUACUGAUUCCUGUGUUUAUAAAAUAGGCGUUUGUUGUUCACCGAUUAAGAAGUUUGUGGAUUACAUAACAGAAGAAAAUGACUUUGAGAAAGCUGAACAGCUGUCUCGUAUUUUCGGUUUAAAUAUUCAACAACUUUUAGAAUGUUGCGGCGAUCUUUUAAUUUCACGUGGUUCCUAUCAUUCGGGCAUUAUUCUUUAUAAGCAAGCAAAAGUGCAUCUUUUGAAGAGGGUGCUGAAAUUGGCUAUAUCUGCAGAUUGUCGAACGUUACUCAAAUUUGUGCAUUUGUGUUUGAGUGCUAGUAAAGUGGAUAUGUCCGUUGCUACAAAAAUACAUAUUGGAAAUUUGGCUGUGAUGGCGUACACUGAAUUGAUUUUAAGAUAUGGUGGACAUCAGAGAAUAUCCAAUAGCAAAGAUUUUAUGAAUUUUCUAUCAUUUGAAGAAUAUUAUGAUCAGGUAUUGGCCGUAAAUGUUGCUUGUCAAGCUGGACAUUGGAACAUAGUUACAUUGUUAGCAAAGUCGAGAGGGUUACAACCUGAAGUUGUAUCAGCUCUGGGGCAAAUUUUACAAAGUACUAGAGCUCCCAAACCAACAGAAAAAGACUUCCUUUAUGCUCUCUCAGAACCAUGUCUGACUCAGAGUAUAUUAAUUUUUGGACAGUGCUCUCAAUAUAUAUUUCAAUUCAUUAGGUUGAAUAUAGAAACAUUUCCUUUGGAUAUUUUACGACGUCUUACGGUACAACUUGAUCCUAGUCAACCAUGUGCCAUUCCUCUAGUCAGUAGGUUGUUCAAUACUACCAAAUAUUCCUCUAGUCUCGAUUCUACGAUUGAUUCGGUCGAUUUUGAAAAUACUGAUAAAACGAUAGUGACCAUAAAAGAUCUUAUAGAUACAUUCCUUGUUGUAAUUAUUCAUUUAAUUCGGAAGACUGAAAAUACAGGUUUUGAUUUAUCGUUGUUGGAUACAAUAGAACCGCCUGAACUUCCUUCGCCAAUCAUUCCUAUUAAAAAGCUUCCCAAUUUACAUCCUCUUAGCUGCGGUUUUGAACAUGCUGCCAUUGUUCGAAACAAUAAUGUUUAUACUAUGGGAGUAUCUAAUUCUGGUUGCCUCGGUUUGGGACCGUUAUUAACCCAGAGUAGUCCUGCAAGGCUUGUGCAAACGCUUUCUGAAUUAAAAGUCAAAGUUUUAAGUGUCAGUUGUGGAAAAAAACACACUUUGGCUAUUACAGAUUUUGGGGUGUAUUCUUGGGGGUCAAAUACAUACGGACAAUUAGGAUUAGGUCACUCUGUUCAAGAAAGUCCAUAUCCUCAAAUGAUAACCAGUCUUUCUUCUUGCAAAAUUAUAGAUAUUUGCGCUGGACAAUACCACAGUGUAGCGUUGACUUCAGCUGGUAAGGUUUAUACAUGGGGUUGGGGAAUUCAUGGACAACUUGGGCAUGGAAACUGUGAUAACGAAUUUAUGCCAAAACUAUUAGACUUUCCAGAACCCAUUAAACAGGUAUCAGCUGGCCACGCACAUACGCUUAUUUUAGGUUGUGAUGGUAAAUUAUAUGGUUUUGGUUCCAAUGUUUUUGGUCAGCUAGAAGGUAGUAAUAUAGAAGCAAGCAAAUCUGUGAAACCCGUCAUGAUAAUAGUACCUUCUGAUAGUAAUACGCCUAUUGAAAAAGUUGCUACCGCUUAUUUUCACAACAUUGCUGUACUUAGUAAUCAAGAAGUUCAUACAUGGGGAGCUAGUCCACAAGAAGUACGAAUAUUCCAGUCAAAAAACAAUCAGAAACAAAAUUGCGGUUCUUUCAAAUCUUCUGAUUCGUGGAAAGCUAGUACACACAUAUUCACAGGUUUUAACAAGAAGCCCAUCGAGCAAGUUGAUGUCGGAUAUAGGCACACUGUAGCUCUACAUAAUGGCAAGAUUCUAUGGAGUAAAAGUAGAGAAGAAGGAUUAUGUGUUCCAAAACUUGAACAACAAGAAGGCAUGAAUAGUCUCUUUUCUCAGAGAUUUUUACAUGUGUCGUGUGGUUUAGAGUAUACAAUGGCCAUAGAUCACACUGGAAAACUUUUGGCUUGGGGUAGUCAGUCGAUGGCACAGACAAUUUUGGGAAAACCUAUGGACGAUGAUAACAGAAAACUUGAGAGUAAAGUAAUAUUUUUCAAAAAUACUAGAAGAGUACUGAAAUUUCCAAAUCAAGGACAAAGCAACACCGAAAAUUUACCUAUAGAAAUACCUGGUCUUCCAUCUAUGGCGAUAACAUUUAAUCCCAGUGACCAGAAACUUCUAUUUUCUAAGAAUUAUUCUCCUUAUGGUAUACAUAAAAUUGAAAACAACGAAUUACCUCUAGAACAAAAUAGUUCAUCAUCAUUGGACAGCAUAUAUGAAGCUCCCAAAUUUAAAUUAGGUCACAAAACACUUCACUAUGUUUUAGAAACUUAUCAUGGGUUUUAUGAUACAGAUAAUAUAUUGUCUAAGUGUCUUGAAGUUCAUAAUUAUCAGGCAGCAGCAAAAAUAGCAAUAUUAGAUGGUCAUUUUGGUGACAGCCUCGGUUUCCAAUUAGUAGCUUUCAAAAGAUAUUUGGAACAGUUGCAUCUGGAUUUAAAUGUUAUUCAAAAUAAAAAGAAUCCAACAGAUACUAAAGAUUACAUUGAAUUAAUAGUAAGAAAUAUACAGGAUGAUUUUAAUGAGAAAAAUUUGGUUUAUUCUAACAAUUCACCGGCGCAUAUCUUGAGCACUAGUUCAUCUUUAGAUAGUAUUCGCCAAUGGGGUGAUGAUUUAGAACACCAAGGUGGCAGAGAAAGCCCAUGUGAAAUACCUGAAGUUGGAGAUAUUAGACAGAAUAUCUCGCAUUAUGUACAAUCAUUAGCUAAUAAAGAUAAUUCACCACCAAUUUCUAGUGUAUCGAAAAUGGUAUCAGAAAUUGAUAAUGUGCAAAUUAAGAUGAAACAGGCUGACGUCGAAUUUCAAAUUAAAGAUAAAAAUGUUAAAGAAAUUAUUGAUGCAGCUUCAUAUUUGGUUGAGUUUUACAUAAGGUUGUUGGUUCAUAUCCAACUCGAAGGACUGGACAGUGUUAUUGUGUAAUUUUGAGUGUUCUUAUAAGGGUAAUAUGAAUAUCACUAACUGUUUCAAAAAUAACAAGUAAGCAUUUCAUGGACUUUAUACUUAACAAUAUUUUCGGUACAGUAUUGAUUUAGUACUAACAGAAACAUAUCAACUAAAUUUAUAUCCCAAAUUAAACAAUUUGUAUAAGUAACCUUGACUAUUAAGUCAUUACUGACUCAAUCGCACAUAACUAAAAUUUAUACAUAAACGAAGAUAAUACAUUUGGGAUAUACAUUUAUGAUGAUAUUUACUCCAAAUUUAAAGUUACUUGUGUUCAAUCAUAUCCGAAAAUAAUUUAAAAUUGAAUACUUUAUAUAAAUAUGUAAAAUGUUUCUAAAAUAACUUUUCAUCUAGACAAUUUUGCAAAUAACUUAUGAUGGAUAUUUUGAGAAACACGAUAGCCCUUACUAUAAACUAAAUAUUCCUUCUAGAUAAAUUGUUAAGGUAAGUGGUUGAUCAAACAAAUAACUUGUAAUGCGCAUGAGCUCAUCCACAUAUACAAGAGAUCAUGCACUCUCCGCAUAACGAAACAUAUGCGCACAAAUAUAAAUGUAGUACUCUCAACAUGAAUAUUUGUUGCUUUGUAGUAUGUAGUGUUUAGAAAUAUUUACAUUUCGUUAGUUAGAUAUGAGUUUUUGACAAUUAAGUGUUUAAAAACAAAGUUUAAGUAUCAAUAACAUUAGAGUGUUUUGUAGACUCGUUUUGGCUUUACAGCCACUCUGCACCUAUACCUUAAAGAUAUUUUAUAAAAGACUCUCAAUCUUAUUAUUCUGCUUCCAAAACACGUAGACUCCUCCCAAAGGUUUUUGUUCCACUUCCCAAGAUAUUAGUACUACUCCUUCGAGGUACUUAAGCCUUUUAUCGAAAUGGACAGAAUAUUCGCAGAGUAGAUCCUCCACUGUUUCCAUGGCUUGCUCGCAGAAUCUGCAGUUGUCGUCCUCUGCCUUGACUAUCGUCUUAAAGUUGUAUUUGACGGGGUAGUAACCUGUCAAAAGACCGACCACCAGUUUCAUGUCGUUUCUGGUCACCACGAGAAAUUCUCCAGACUUCUUAGCUGAUAUGCUUAUUUUGGAUUGUCUCAGACCUAGAUUUUUUCUCCGGUAAGAUUCCAUCUGUUUUUUAUCUAUCCAAUCUGUCCGUUAUUGAUUUGGCAUCUCAUACAAGAGCGGAUCCAGCUUUGGCGCCAGAAGGGGGUCACAUAGUCGUGGUCAAGUCAAGAACUUAUAAAUUAAUUUUGAUAAUAAUAGAUACAAGUAAAAAGUAGAUAUUUUAUCAAUGUACGUAAGUACUGUACUUAAAAAUAUUUAUUCUUUAUUGUACACUUGAAAAACUUAACACACAAUAACUUGUACAUACACACGUACAUAUUGCCGUCUUUUCUUGAAGAUAUCCAGAGGAGCCCUACCACGCACGGAAUGAGGCAGCCUAUUUAUAUUCCAUAACCGUGGUGAAUGAUUUGCCGUAACAGCUAGAGGUAUGUUGAGGGGUAUGACGCAAAACUCCGCAAAAGUUUAGAGGUAAAAACAGACAAAAUACAUGGGUACGUUUUUAUAAACGUGCCAGUUCGGUUAGGCGAUCUUCAACCAUUGAAGAUCUUAGCCACGAAUAAAUUCUGCGCAACGUAGAGAUGCUGCUUCCUGGUAUCACCUGGUGGCCAUAUUAAGGUUACUUUUUUGUUAGCUAAUGCUUUUAGAGUUUGAUUACACUCCCACACUAGAUUGGACGUGCAUUCAAUAGCUUUUAUAACCUUUAAGAUCGCUUGGCUAUCUGAGAGAAUGUGAAUGUGCUUUUUAAAGAGGUUUCUAUUCAAACACUCCUUAGCACAUUUGUUCAUUCCUAGCAACUCUACCUGAAAAACUGGUGAGUGAUAUUCCUAGUGUCAUUAUUGGCAAUCGUUAAUUACCACUUCUAAUGGGAUAUUUUUGUCCAACAUGCUAUUCAUUUGUCUCAUUGGUUUGUCCCUGCCUUCUAUCUUUAUCAGAAUUCUUAAGCGACCUGUCAGAUUUUCUGGCUUCAGUUUUACUGAACGCCUCUUUCUUCACUUUAAGUUGAAGAGGUGGCAGGUUCAGUAACGCCUCUAAGGCUGUGAUGGAGCAGAUCGAAAUUGCUCCUAUGAGAACUAGACAGAUUAGCCUUAGUGAUCUUGUUCAGUUUUUUUCUGAGCUAUUGUUUGUUCGGUUAACAAGCACUGCGUAUGUAAUCAUGGAUUUGUUGACUGGUAUAUUCAGUAUACCAUCUUGUCUUGUCUUGCCAACAAGCUUGCAACAAGUCCAUACAGCAGAAGUGGAUUUUGAAAUUACCUUGUCUAAGUGAUUUUUUCAAGUAAGUAUUUUAUCCAGGAUGAUAUUAACAUUAAGUAUGAAACUCCUAAAAAAAUUUGAACGUCUUAUAUAUUUAUUUCUAUAUUUCGCUCUAGAAUUUUCUGGUUCUCAUCUCAACUCCUUGUCUCAAACAUACUGAUCUCCAAACCAAAGCUGUAAUCAAUUCAUUUUCAGUAACUGUUGCUCCAUAAAUAUGUAUUUUCUUGAACUCAAUCAACUGUUGCUGGUUAGUAAGGUCAUCAUAUACAAGUUUUCCGCGCAGCAAAUCAAAACUGUCUGUAUUACUGAAGUAAUACCACCAGGAUGAUGGUGCACGAAAUAUAUUAUAAAUUAUUUUCGGAUGAUGUACAAACACUCUUAAUAUUGAAUAAUUCAUGCGAGUAUAAUUCCAAAUUUUAGCACUGAGUUAGGUUUAAAUGUGUGAUGUUUUUUAGCUAUAUUUAUCAAAUCUUUUUAAUAGAAUUAAAGAGGUUUAUUUUGGUGAACAUUUUAUGUUUCAUAUUAAGUUUGUACCUGCUGUAUUGUUAUUUAAAUUAAGUACUAUACACAAAUUGGAUAGUUGUAUUUUUAAAAAUAAAAAUUAUAUACUCAAAGUAUAA